CUCAUCUUCUCCCGCAAUCAUGAGGUUCCUGGUCCUUGUGUGUGCGCUCCUUGCUGCUGAAGCAGCCAAACUGGAAGGUUACGUAUCCCAGCAGCCUGGUUCACCAUUUGAUUCAAUACCACACAUCCCUAGUGACGAUUCUUCAGUGUUCAUAGGCAGCAUCCCAACAGAUCCCCUUCCUGAGCAGUCAAUCGCUGACGAAACACACUCUUUCGUUAGGUCUGGUCCUCUUAUCUCUGGCCAAGUUGCUUCUGGUCAGGGACAGUUCUUAUCUGACCAACCGCCAUUCAAUCCUGGAUCAUCUUUCUCAGCUCAGACUGUUUCUAAAUCUGGACCAGUUUUCUCUGAUCAAUCCAUUUCUGGUCCCGGGCAAGUUGCCUCUGAUAAAACUGUAUCACAUUCUGGAUCAAUUUUCUUAGAUCAGCCUACAUCUGGUUCUGCGCCACUUUUAUCUGAACAGUCUGCGUCCGGUGUUGGACCGAUAUUCUAUGAUCAGACCAAUACUGGUUCAAGACAAGAGAUUCACGGCCAUGAUAUUUCCAGUUCAGUUUUCCAGCCAUUUGAUCCGUCAUCUGCCCAGUUACUCUCAGCCACCUCACCUGGAUUGUCAGUUUCUGGAAACCCUUUUGUUAACGACCAGUCCUCACUCACAUUUUCCAACUCUCAGUUUUCUCAAGCCUCUAGUCAAACAUACGGACCUCCAGCCCUUUCUCAGACGUUUGAUUCAUCUGCUCAGAGACUUCCAACUGCCUCGUCUGGACUGUCAGGAUCUGGACACUCCUUUGUUAAUGACCAGUCCUCACUAACAUUUUCUAACACCCAAGGAUCUCUUGGUCAAGGCUCUGGACUAUAUUCUGGAAGUGGUGAUUUAGGUGACAGCUGUCUAGAAGGACAGAUUCUUCACGUCGAUGGUAGAUGCGUAACACCCGAGGUCUCACGACACGUGUUUGUUUAUGCCGCACCAAAACAAGAGAGCAAGGUUGUUGCGCCACCCAAGAACAUUCCUCUGCCCAAGGUAGAACAUAACAUUGUCUUCAUCCGCGCCCCAGACUCACCUGACGCCCAGGAUCCUAUCAUUAUUCCACCACCCCAGAAGAAGAAUAUCAUCUACGUCCUGAAUAAGGAAUCUGAGAUUCAAGGACCUAAGGUCAUUGAAGUGCCAGCACCUAAAUCUAAGAACCCAGAGGUCUACUUCGUCAACUACGAAGACGGAGAGAACCCGAUUCUACCAGGUGGCAUCGACUUCGAAACUGCCCUGAACUCAGCGGUGCAUUCAGAGAGCCAGGUUAUUGGUGGCGGUAGUGAUAUUGCCCUUUCUGGAGCGACUGCUGGAUCUGGAGACAGAGUGAUUGGAACCGGUGGAGCUGACUUCAGUGGUGCACUUGGAAGUGGUGUGAUUGGAACCACUGGACCUGACUUCAGUGGUACCUUUGGAGAUGGUGUGACUGGAACCACAGGACCUGCCUUCAUUGGUACAUUUGGUGGCGGGGUGACUGGAACAACAGGACCUGACUUCAGUGGUGCCUUUGGAGGUAGUGUGACUGGAACCAGUGGAUCUGACGUCAGUGGUACAUUUGGAGGUGGUGUGACUGGAACCACAGGACCUGCCUUCAUUGGUACAUUUGGCAGUGGGUUGACUGUAACCACAGGAUCUGACUUCAGUGGUGCCUUUGGAGAUGGGGUGACUGGAACUAUUGGACCCGACUUCAGUGGUACAUUUGGAGCUGGGGUGACUGGAAACACUGAACCUGACUUCAGUGGUACCUUUGGAGAUGGUGUGACUGGAACCACAGGACCUGACCUCAGUGGUGCCUUUGGAGGAAGUGUGACUGGAACCAGUGGAUCUGACGUCAUUGGUGCCUUUGGAGAUGGGGUGACUGGAACCUCUGGACCUGACGUCAUUGGUGCCUUUGGAGAUGGGGUGACUGGAACCACUGGACCUGACUUCAGUGGUGCCUUUGGAAGUGGUGUGACAGGUGCCAGUGAAGUUGACUUCAGUGGUGCAACUGGGACCACCAGCAGUGGAUUCUCAGCCGUGAGUGAACCUGACUUCGGCGGAGAAACCUCGUCACUCAGCGAGGUACCUUCAACCCCAGUGCUGAACCCUGAGGAGUCUCUCCUGAGUAACGACCAGUUCUCUGGCACCUUUGGCAACGAAAUCACAGGACCUUCGUUUGGAAGUUCUCCUGCUCCUCCCCCAGCCCUCAUCGCGCGGGUUCCUCAACAACUCUAUGCAGCUCCUUGAGUGGGUGACCUCUGACCGCGAAACGCGACAGCUGACCUUGUUAUUCAGCCCCGAGUCUUUCAAGGGACAAUCCCUAUAGUCUUGAUAAUAAUCGGAUGCCUUAAUUAUUUGUUAUUACAUUUAUGAAGUUAUAAAGAAAUGUUGACGUGUUUACAAAAAUAAAUAUUUUACUUAAUA